AUGUGCAGAGAGACGGUCCAGGUGGACAUGGAUCACCUGUUGGUGCUGUUGCUGUUGCUGUUGCUGUGGAGCUCAGGACUCCAGCCUGAAGGAAAACACAACUCAACAGAGUCUGAUGUUGUCAGGUUGGUGGGAGGAGACAGUCACUGUUCAGGAACACUGGAGGUGAAACAUCAGGGACAGUGGAGACCAGUGACUGAUGAGGCCCCUAAUCUAAAGAGGAGAGCUGACUCUGUCAGGCUGGUGAAUGGGACCAGUCUGUGCUCAGGCAGACUGGAGGUGAACUCUGACCAGUCUAACCAGAGCUGGUCCUCAGUGUGUGAAGCUGACUUUGACCAGCAGGAUGCAGAUGUGGUCUGCAGGGAGCUUGGCUGUGGGGCUCCUUCAGUCCUCCAGGGGGCGCUCUAUGGCGAAGUAGAGGCUCCAACGUGGACCAAAGAGUUCCAGUGUGAAGGACAUGAGUCCGCUCUCCUGGACUGUAGAAGCUCAGGCUCAGAUAGAAACACCUGCUCACCUGGCAGAGCUGUUGGACUCACCUGCUCAGAUCCUGUCAUGUUGGUGGGAGGAGACAGUCGCUGUGCAGGAACACUGAAGGUGAAACUGGGAGAGUGGAGACCAGUGGAUGACUCUUCUUGGACCAUGAAAGAAGCAGAUGUUGUCUGCAGAAAGUUAAACUGUGGCUCUGCUGUUUCUGUAGCACAGAGAGAGGAGUCCUCAUUCAGAUCUGUGUGGAGGAUCAGUUCUGACUGUGUUCAGUCUGGAACUGCUCUGAGGGAGUGUGUAACAUCAUCGUACUCUUCCUCCUUCCUGAAUCUCACCUGCUCAGACUCUGUCAGGCUGGUGAAUGGGACCAGUAUGUGCUCAGGCAGACUGGAGGUGAAGUCUGACCAGUAUAACCAGAGCUGGUCCUCAGUGUGUGAAGCUGACUUUGACCAGCAGGAUGCAGAGGUGGUCUGCAGGGAGCUUGGCUGUGGGGCUCUUUCAGUUCUCCAGGGGGCGCUCUAUGGAGAGGUGGAGGCUCCAAUGUGGACCAAAGAGUUCCAGUGUGGAGGAGAUGAGUCUGCUCUCCUGCGCUGUAGAAGCUCAGGCUCAGAUAGAAACACCUGCUCACCUGGCAGAGCUGUUGGACUCAUCUGCUCAGAUCCUGUCAGGUUGGUGGGAGGAGACAGUCACUGUGCAGGAACACUGGAGGUGAAACAGGGAGAUUGGAGACCAGUGGCUGACAGUAUUUAUGGCUUUGGCAUUGACUGGACCCUGAAGACAGCAGAUGUUUUCUGCAGAAAGUUAGACUGUGGCUCUGCUGUUUCUAUAGCACAGAGAAAGGAGUUCUCAAAGAGAUCUGUCUGGAGGACCAGGUCUGACUGUAUUCAGUCUGGAUCUGCUCUGAGGGAGUGUGUAACAUCAUGGCACUCUUCCACCUUCCUUGAUCUCACCUGUUCAGACUCUGUCAGGCUGGUGAAUGGGACCAGUAUGUGCUCAGGCAGACUGGAGGUGAAGUCUGACCAGUCUAACCAGAGCUGGUCCUCAGUGUGUGAAGCUGACUUUGACCAGCAGGAUGCAGAGGUGGUCUGCAGGGAGCUUGGCUGUGGGGCUCCUUCAGUCCUCCAGGGGGCGCUCUAUGGCGAAGUGAAGACUCCAAUGUGGACCAAAAAGUUCCAGUGUGGAGGAGAUGAGUCUGCUCUCCUGCACUGUAGAAGCUCAGGCUCAGAUAGAAACACCUGCUCACCUGGCAGAGCUGUUGGACUCACCUGCUCAGAGCCUGUUAGGUUGGUGGGAGGAGACAGUCACUGUGCAGGAACUCUGGAAGUGAAACAGGGAGAUUGGAGACCAGUGGAUAGCACUGACUGGUCCCUGAAGGAAGCAGAGAUUGUCUGCAGACAGUUAGACUGUGGCUCUGCUGUUUCUGUAGUACAGAUCAAGGAGUCCUCAUACAGAUCUGUCUGGUUGAUCUGGUCUGACUGUGUUCAGUCUGGAUCUGCUCUGAGUGACUGUGUAACAUCAUCACGCUCUUCCUCCUCCCUGAAUCUCACCUGCUCAGACUCUGUCAGGCUGGUGAAUGGGAUCAGUCUGUGCUCAGGCAGACUGGAGGUGAAGUCUGACCAGUCUAACCAGAGCUGGUCCUCAGUGUGUGAAGCUGACUUUGACCAGCAGGAUGCAGAGGUGGUCUGCAGUGAGCUUGGCUGUGGGGCUCCUUCAGUCCUCCAGGGGGCGCUCUAUGGCGAAGUAGAGGCUCCAACGUGGACCAAAGAGUUCCAGUGUGAAGGACAUGAGUCCGCUCUCCUGGACUGUAGAAGCUCAGGCUCAGAUAGAAACACCUGCUCACCUGGCAGAGCUGUUGGACUCACCUGCUCAGAGCCUGUCAGGUUGGUGGGCAGAGACCGUCGCUGUGCAGGAACACUGGAGGUGAAACAGGGAGAGUGGAGACCAGUGCAUGACUCUUCUUGGACCAUGAAAGAAGCAGAGGUUUUCUGCAGAGCGUUGAACUGUGGCUCUGCUGUUUCGAAAUCACAGAGAGAGGAGUCCUCAUACAGAUCGGUGUGGUUGACCAGGUCUGACUGUGUUCAAUCUGGAUCUGCUCUGAGGGAGUGUGUAACAUUGUGGCGCUCUUCCAUCUACCUGGAACUCACCUGCUCAGACUCUGUCAGGCUUGUGAAUGGGAUGAGUCUGUGUUCAGGCAGACUUGAGGUUAAGUCUGACCUGUCUAACCAGAGCUGGUCCUCGGUGUGUGAAGCUGCCUUUGACCAGCAGGAUGCAGAGGUGGUCUGCAGGGAGCUUGGCUGUGGGGCUCCUUCGGUCCUCCAGGGGGUGCUCUAUGGAGAAGUGGAGACUCCAGUGUGGACCAAAGAGUUCCAGUGUGGAGGAGAUGAGUCUGCUCUCCUAGACUGUAGAAACUCAGGUUCAUAUAGAAUCACCUGCUCGCCUGGCAGAGCUGUUGGACUCACCUGCUCAGAGCAUGAUGAUGUCAGGUUGCUGGGAGCAUACAGUCGCUGUGCUGGAACACUGGAGGUGAAACAGGAUGAGUGGAGACCAGUGAAUGGCCCUGACUGGACCCUGAAGGAAGCAGAUGUUGUCUGCAGAAAGUUAAACUGUGGCUCUGCUGUUUCUAUAGCACAGAGAGAGGAGUCCUCAUUCAGAUCUGUGUGGAGGACCAAGUCUGACUGUGUUCAGUCUGGAUCUGCUCUAAGCCAGUGUGUAACAUCAUCGCACUCUCCCAUCUCCCUGAAUCUCACCUGCUCAGACUCUGUCAGGCUGGUGAAUGGGACCAGUCUGUGCUCAGGCAGACUGGAGGUGAAGUCCGACCAGUCUGACCAGAGCUGGUCCUCAGUGUGUGAAGCUGACUUUGACCAGCAGGAUGCAGAGGUGGUCUGCAGGGAGCUUGGCUGUGGGGCUCCUUCAGUCCUCAAGGGGGCGCUCUAUGGAGAAGUGGAAACUCCAAUGUGGACCAAAGAGUUCCAGUGUGGAGGAGAUGAGUCUGCUCUCCUGCGCUGUAGAAGCAAAGGCUCAGAUAAAAACACCUGCUCACCUGGCAGGGCUGUUGGACUCACCUGCUCAGAGCCUGAUGGUAUCAGGUUGGUAGGAGGAGACAGUCAUUGUGCAGGAAUACUGGAGCUGAAACAUCAGGGACAGUGGAGACCAGUGAAUGGCCAUGCGUGGACCCUGAAGGCAGCAUCAGUUGUCUGCAGAAAGUUGAAUUGUGGCUCUGCUGUGUCUGUAGCAGAGACAGAUGAUAUAUCAGAGAGUUAUGCAUGGAAGAUCAGUUUUGACUGUAUUCAGUCUGGAUCUGCUCUCAGGAAGUGUGUUACUUCAUCAUUGUUGACCAGCUUGCUGAAUCUCACCUGCUCAGACUCUAUCAGGCUGGUGAAUGGGACCAGUCUGUGCUCAGGCAGACUGGAGGUGAAGUCUGACCAGUCUAACCAGAGCUGGUCCUCAGUGUGUGAAGCUGACUUUGACCAGCAGGAUGCAGAGGUGGUCUGCAGGGAGCUUGGCUGUGGGGCUCCUUCAGUCCUCCAGGGGGCGCUUUAUGGAGAAGUGGAAACUACAAUGUGGACCAAAAAGUUCCAGUGUGGAGGAAAUGAGUCUGCUCUCCUGGACUGUAGAAGCUCAGGCUCAGAUAGAAACACCUGCUCACCUGGCAGAGCUGUUGGACUCAUCUGCUCAGAGCGUGAUGAUGUCAGGUUGGUGGAAGGAGAUAGUCCUUGUGCAGGAACACUGGAGGUGAAACAGGGAGAGUGGAGAUCAGUGACUGUCAGUGUUGGUGGCUAUAGCCCUGCCUGGUCCCUGAAGGAAGCAAAUGUUGUCUGCAGAAAGUUAGACUGUGGCUCUGCUGUUUCUGUAGUACUGAGAAAGGAGUCCUCAGAGAGGUCUGUGUGGGGGAUCAGUCGUGACUGUGCUCAGUCUGGAUCCACUCUAAGCGAGUGUGUAACAUCACAGCUCUCUUCAUUCUCCCUGGAACUCAACUGCUUAGACUCUGUCAGGCUGGUGAAUGGGACCAGGCCGUGUUCAGGCAGACUGGAGGUGAAGUCUGACCAGUCUAACCAGAGCUGGUCCUCAGUGUGUGAAGCUGACUUUGACCAGCAGGAUGCAGAGGUGGUCUGCAGGGAGCUUGGCUGUGGGGCUCCUUCAGUCCUCCAGGGGGCGCUCUAUGGAGAAGUGGAGGCUCCAAUGUGGACAAAAGAGUUCCAGUGUGGAGGAAAUGAGUCAGCUCUCCUGGAUUGUAGAAGCUCAGGCUCAGAAAGAAACACCUGCUCACCUGGCAGAGCUGUUGGACUCACCUGCUCAGAUCCUGUCAGGUUGGUGGGAGGAGAUAGUCGCUGUGCAGGAACCCUAGAAAUGAAACAUCAGGGAGAGUGGAGACCAGUGGAUUGGUUUUCCAUGACCCUGAAUGAAGCAGAUGUUGUCUGUGGAUUGUUGAACUGCGGCUCUGCUAUUUCUUUAAAAUUUAGAGAGGAUAUCUCAAACAGAUCUGUGUGGGCUAUGCUUCCUUUCUGUGCUCAGUCUUUUUCUGCUCUGAGGCAGUGUCUAUCAUCAGAUUCCUCUCCCGACUCCAGGGUCCUCACUUGCUCAGACCUUUUGCAUCAGCCCAACAUCUCUGCUUCCUCCUCCAUGGACGAGGUUUCCGAGGCCCAGCAGCAGGAGGAGUUUCAGGUGUUCAAGGGCUCCAACUUCACCAUCAGCUGCUCCAUCCAGCCACAGUACCCAGGAGGCUCCUUCCAGCUCUCCUUCACCUCCUCCAACUCUGCAAUCGACUACACCCAGCCAGCUGUCAAUCACUCUGCCCACUUCCUGUUUCCUGCUGCAGCGCCCGCCCACCAAGGAAGCUACAGCUGUGUUUAUCAUGUCUACGUUUUUUCUCAUAACUUCUCCUCUGAGAGCCGUCAGCUCACUGUCUCUGUCUCAGAUCCAACACCACUUAUCAUCAGAGUGGUCGUCCUGCCGCUGACUUUCCUGUUGCUGAACGCUGCCCUUUACUUCUACCGUAAGGCCACCAGGGGGCAGAAGCCGAUCAGACGGGAGAACAUGGAGAUGGAUUAUUAUAACCUGGGUGUUCCUGCUGCUGAGGGAGGGCUGGCCGAAGAGGAAGCAGCUCCGGGGGCAGAGGAGCACCCAAGAGACAACCUCCAGGCCAGUGCUGAGCACCUUCAAGGUGGCGACUCCAGGCAGCAAGAAGAGGUCAGACUGUAUAGAAAUCUAUGAAAAAAAGGACCGACCUCUCACUUGACGUACCUUAGUUAACAUUUUCCUCCUGAGUGUAAGUUCAAAGUGAAACAGAUGAUAAAGCAGGGUGUUUUAGGGCGGGGCUUACCCGUGAUUGACAGGUCGUUACCAUGUCAAUGUCUGGACCCGGUGUUUUCAUCUCAGAACUAUGAUCUCUUUCACAGUGUGAAUUAUAGUAUUUGUAACAUUUUGGUCGUCCUGUUCAGUGUUAAGGUACUAAAGACAUUCUAAGAAGUCAGCUGUUUAUUUUUGCACCUAGCUAUACAAGCUAGGCAGCUAGUGCUAGCUGAUUCCUUAGCAGAUCCCCCCAUUCUUUAAACAUGGUCACUUCUG